UCUAUCUUACCAGUCGAUUUUGUAAUCGAAUGCUGAACGCUGUCGAAUUACAUGUUAUAGACAUGUCAAACUGUGUGCCGACAUUGGCAUUAAAUUGUAAAUGAACAUCGAUGUCAAACGUUUAUUGAGGUUCAUAGUCGAGUAAAAUAUCAAAAAUAGUGUAAUUUAUCCGGCUAAAGCGAGUGACGUCUGGUAAACAUGGAUUUCCAGAAUCGUGCUGGUGGCAAAACAGGCGGCGGAGGUGUUGCAUCAUGGUCCGAGACAAAUCGAGAUCGUCGAGAGCGUUUGCGCCAAUUGGCACUUGAAACCAUUGAUCUCAACAAGGAUCCGUAUUUUAUGAAAAACCAUUUGGGCUCAUACGAAUGUAAAUUGUGUUUGACACUGCACAACAAUGAAGGAAGCUACUUGGCUCACACACAGGGCAAAAAGCAUCAAGCCAAUUUGGCGCGACGUGCCGCUAAAGAAGCAAAAGAAGCACCGUCGAUGCUGCAACCAGAGAAACCACGCGUUGAACCGAAAAAAUUUGUGAAAAUUGGUCGACCCGGUUAUCGUGUUACCAAGCAACGUUCUCCAGAAAAUGGUCAACAAAGUUUACUGUUCCAAAUUGAUUACCCGGAAAUUUCGGAAAAUAUUGUACCGCGUCAUCGAUUCAUGUCCGCCUAUGAACAGAAAAUCGAACCACCCGAUCGUAAAUGGCAAUAUCUUUUGUUUGCCGCUGAACCAUACGAAACGAUUGCAUUCAAAGUGCCGAGUCGUGAAGUGGAGAAAACGGAAGGCAAAUUCUGGACGCAUUACAACAAAGACACAAAGCAAUUUUUCCUGCAGUUUGCAUUCCGAUUGGAAACACAGAAGAUGAUGCCACCGCCACCACCUCGUUUGAAUCCAAAUAUGCACGGUUUAGGCGGACCAAGACCAAUUGGAAUGCCAGCAUUUGGCGCUGUUCCACCACCACCUCCUCUACUCAAUUAAGACUUUCGAUUAUUUUUCAAAACGCAUUUUUAUUCGACGUAAUUUGAGAAUAAUGGAUUUUUUUUUCAAUGCGAAUGCCAACAAUUUGAGCCACUGAAAUUUAAAACUGGAAAGUAAAUAAAUAGUCGAGGAAUAUUCAAAGAAAA